AUUCACCCAUCAUCACCUUGCAUUAUAUCCACUAUCAUGUCCAAUAUUCGAAUGCUCAAUCAGAAAGAAGAAGCUGAUUCCGAAGUGGAGGUAUCUUGGGCUGAUCAACAACAAAUCAAUGCAUUCAGUAAACUCAAUGCCAAGAUUGAUGAUCUAGAGGAUCAACAUGUCAAACUCAAACAAGAAAAGGAAUAUUUGGAUGAUGUCGGUAUGGAAUUAGAACUGGCAGAUGAAGAUGAACCUGUAAGGCAUAAAGUAGGUGAUGCCUUUAUACAUAUCCCAGUAUCAGAAGCAGUGGAACGUGUGGAAAAGGAUUCAGCAAAGAUUGGUUUGCAACUGGAAGAAAUUGAAAUGUUCUCAAAGAUUUUUGUCGGGUCACAAGAAAAUAGUUUCGUGAUAUUAUAA